AUGGGAACUUUGACUGGAAAAUCACUAGAGCUAGCAAAGAUUUUCGAGAAAAGGAAGGUUAAUAUAGCUUGUGUACAAGAGACCAGGAAUAGGGUAGGUAUCUUGGUUGAUAACGACCUCCGUGCAAUAGUGGUGGAGGUUAGGAGGGUGAAUGACAGGCUGCUGACUAUUAAGCUAGUUGUUGGAGGUUUUACCUUGAACAUAAUCAGUGUGUACGCACCCCAAGCAGAAUUGGAUGAGGAAGUCAAGAUGAGUUUCUGGGCGGAUUUAGAUGAGAUGGUGUGGGGUACCCCGUAUACCGAGAAGGUUUUAAUUGGAGGAGAUUUCAACGGCCAUAUUGUAGCGACGUCUGGGAGGUAUGAUGUUGUGCGUGUUGGCUUUGGUUUUGGAGAAACGGAGGAGGAACCAAACUCGAGUUUCCCGAAGAAGAGGGAGCACUUGGUCACCUUCCGGAGUUCGGUGGCUGAGACUCAGAUUGAUUAUGUACUCUGCAGGAAGUACAAUAGGGGUCUUUGCACGAAUUGCAAGGUCAUCCCGAGUGAGAACCUCUCGACACUUCAUAGGCUCCUGGUCAUGGAAUUUGAGAUCACGAGGAAGAGGGCGAUAUAUAGCCAACAUAGGAUAAAGUGGGGAGCCUUGAUGGAAGCUAAAGCGCAGGAGUUGGGGGUCAAGUUGGUGACUAUGGGGGCUUAG